UUUAUGCUGAAUAAAGUGAACAUUAGAUAGAUAGCUUAGCUUAUAAAACCAAGAAAGUGAAUAACUAAAGGCAAUUAAACUGAAAAUGAUUUUUUUGUUCACUGCAGUGAAGUCACAUACGAGACCAGAAUGACAUCAGUUUUGUCUAGUGAGACUUCAUACAAGUUAUAAAUUAUAAUUAUAAAUAUUUAGAUAAAUAGAUAACCGAGAGGAAACAGUGAUAUAAAAAUGGAAAAGUCUAAAAGACUAUUUUGCAGACUUUGCACUAAUACUAAAAGCGAUGGAAAUUUUAGGGCAAUAGACGAAUCUACAAGGGAAAUUUUAAAGACAGUUUCACUGAAUCUAGACUUGGACAACUAUAAACACGUCAUAUGUUCUAUCUGUUCUGUUCAACUGUACUCUGCAUUUGAUUUUAAAUCCACCUGUCUUUAUGUUGAGGACAAGAUUGUUUCUUAUGUUAAUCCCACAAUGUCAUUCGUUGAUUUAAAAGAAGUUUAUGUAAAGGAACAUGAUAACAAACCGUUAAUUAAAAUGGAGGAUGAUCAGAAAAUAUGCCGAUUAUGUUUGCAGCUGGUUAGCGAAGAAUUUGUGCCAUUUUCUGAAGUGGACUUGGAAAUGUUUCAUAGAUACAUUCCAGAAGUGGAUACUGGUGUCUCUGAAGAUCCAAUCAUUUGUAAGCAAUGUUUUGAUUCACUCGGAGUUCAUAAUAUUUUCAUCAAGACCUGUUUAGAUGUUAAAAUGCAAAUUCAUACAAACGAAAUAGGAUCAGAAGAUGAACAGAAAAUGGAAGGGUUAGUUAAAAUUGAAAAAGAGCUAGACACCGAAGAAACAUUGAUCGGAACUGAAGAAGUUCACAUAACAAGUGAAGGACAUGAUUGGGAAAGAUGGAUUCCAACCACCACUCUCUACUACGCCACUGAAAGGGAUCUCACUGCUAAGGAAUUGGAGCAGCCAAGGAUACACCGAAAAGCGAUUAAUACAUAUAUUGGUGACUCCAUUUUGCCCGACUUACAAGACAAAACAGUUAAACAACAGUCAAACAAAAAGAAGUGUGAGACAGAAGAGAUUCAAAGCAAUACCCCAUUGGAUAUACCAUUCUCUAACAGUAAAUGCAAAAACGAGUUUAACAAUGGUCUAAAACAUGAAGCUGUCCCGGAACUAAUACAAUAUAAGAGAAGCAAUACCUGUACUUUUGAAACUAAAUGUAAGAGGGGUCUAAGUGGGCAUUGUUUAAAGCACAAAGGCCUUUCAGAAAUCCAAAUGUACAAAUGUGAUACUUGCACCUAUACAACUAAAUAUAAGCUCGCCCUAACGAGGCACCAAUUACUUCAUAAACAUUCUUCAGAAAAUCAAAUACACAAGUGUGAUACAUGUAGUUACAAAACUAAACGUAAGAGUAAUCUAAAAGUGCAUCAGUUAUCACACAAAGACCCUUCAGAAAUCAAAAUGUACAAAUGUGAUGUUUGUACGUAUGAAACUAAACGUAAAUGUCAUUUGAUCGGGCAUCAAAUGACACACAAAGACCUUUCACAAACUGAAAUGUACAAGUGUGAAUUGUGCACUUAUGAAGCUAAAUAUAAGGUUGGACUAAAGAGGCAUCAGUUAAUACACAAACCUUCUUCAGAAAUUGAAAUAUACAAUUGUGAUGCAUGUACUUAUGAAACUAAACAUAAGAGUGAUCUAAAGGUACAUCUGUUGUUACACAAAGACCCUUCAGAAAUCAGAAUGUACAAAUGUGAUCAAUGUAGUUAUGAAGCUAAACGUGCGAGUUAUUUGAAACUGCACCAAUUAUCACACAAGGAUCCUUCAGAAACCAAAAUGUACAAAUGUGAAUUGUGUUCUUAUGAAUCAAAGUAUAAAACUAGUUUCAAGAGGCAUCGGCUGACACGCAAACAUUCCUCAAAAAUCCAAAAGUGAUAUUUGUACUUACGAAAUUUAAGUAUAAGAGGGGUAUAAAAGUGCAUCAGUUGUUGCACAAAGACCCUUCGGAAAUCGAAAUGUACAAAUGUGGUACUUGCACUUAUGAGACUAAAUAUAGGGGUUAUCUGAAAGCGCAUCAGCUAUCACACAAAGGCCCUUCAAAAGCCAAAAUGUACUAAUAUGAAUCAUGUACUUAUGAAACCAAGUAUAAGAGUAAUGAAUAAGGUUUUUCAGACUACAUAAAAACAAUAAAUAGCAUUCAUAUUCUGGUUUGGAGAAGUUGUUAUCAAAUAGUUGCACAAAUUUUUAGGAAAUAAUAACAUGAUUGUAAUAUACAGUGAUCUAUUUUGAAAAAUUUAAUGCUUUGGCAACAAAUGUCAUCUAACAACCGGCAUUGAUUUAAAAUCCAAUUUAGGAGCGUUUUUCAUCAGCUGAUCAACUUCUGGACAAAUUUCCUCAUCCCUUACGUCUCCGCUGGGGAUUACCCCUUAGCCUCAUCGUCGACAGUCAAAAAUGCAGACUAGAAUAUAUCUGGUAACCCACAUUUUUACAUUAUAAUAUAAAUAUUUGUAGUUAAUUUCAACUU